CAUUCCUCCUCUCAUUCCGAGCAUUCUUCGCAUCUCUGUCAGUGCGCGAAGCGAUUCACCUACACCUUCCUGGCUGGCCCAGAAAACACCAGAAUAACUUGACAUAGUAUUCAAAAAUACCCAGUAACAUCACAUUUACAAAAAGAAAGGGGCACUUUUAUAUGAGAUAUCAAUAACGAGUUGGCCCAGCCGGGAGUUGUUGGAGGUUUCACCGGAGCAUUUUCGGACCACCUCGGAGAAAACACGAGUGGGGAGACUUGUUGCUUCAACGCGUUUGACGGUGCUUUUUUUUUAAAAACAGAAAAUCGCCAUCGAAGUUUUGUGUCUCUCCCUAGUCUGCUCCAGGCUUUAGCUUGGAGAGCCCAACCGCCACGAUUGAUCCCAGCAGCUGGAGCGGCAGCGAGAGCCCUGCCGAGGACAUGGAGAGGAUGAGCGACUCGGCAGACAAGCCCGUAGACAAUGAUGCCGAGGGGGUGUGGAGCCCUGACAUUGAACAGAGCUUCCAGGAGGCCCUGGCCAUCUAUCCUCCCUGUGGGCGCAGAAAGAUCAUACUCUCCGAUGAGGGAAAGAUGUAUGGUCGAAAUGAGCUGAUAGCCAGAUACAUAAAGCUUCGGACCGGGAAGACGAGGACCCGGAAGCAGGUGUCUAGUCACAUACAGGUCUUAGCAAGAAAGAAAGUUCGAGAAAUCCAAGCUGCCAUUAAGGUACGUCUGGCUUUGCCCAGUUGCAGGGGGCUUUUCAUUGCCAUGGUUACAGGCUCUUCCUUUGUUUUCCUCCCCUCCCCUACCCCGCAGGUGUCUAGUCACAUUCAGGUUCUUGCCAGAAGGAAAUCUCGUGAGUUUCAUUCCAAGCUAAAGGUUACAAGCAUGGACCAAGCCGUGAAGGACAAAGCCCUCCAGAGCAUGGCCUCCAUGUCCUCGGCUCAGAUAGUCUCUGCCACAGCUAUUCACAACAAGCUCGGUCUGCCAGGCAUCCCUCGCCCAGCCUUCCCUGGAGCAGGGUUAUGGCAGGGUAUGAUAUCGACCGGUCAACCAGGAUCCUCACAAGAUAUUAAGCCUUUCACCCAGCAACCCUAUCCCAUCCAGCCAGCAGUCACAACAGCCAUUUCAAGUUACGAGCCCACAGCAGCUCCAGGACCCACGGCACCAGCAUGGCAGGGCCGCUCCAUCGGUACAUCGAAACUCCGACUGGUAGAGUUCUCUGCUUUCCUAGAGCAGCAGAGAGACCCAGACUCAUACAACAAACAUCUAUUUGUACAUAUCGGGCAGACAAAUCAUUCCUACAGCGACGCCUUGCUGGAGUCUGUGGACAUUCGUCAGAUUUAUGAUAAAUUCCCAGAAAAGAAAGGAGGACUGAAGGAGCUCUACGGAAAAGGCCCCCAGAAUUCCUUCUUUCUUAUAAAAUUCUGGGCCGACUUAAACUGCAACAUUCAGGAUGAUACUGGAUCUUUCUACGGAGUCACCAGUCAGUAUGAGAGUUCAGAGAACAUGACUAUAACAUGUUCAACAAAGGUCUGCUCCUUUGGAAAGCAGGUGGUCGAGAAAGUCGAGACUGAGUAUGCACGGUUUGAGAACGGACGCUUUGUCUACAGGAUAAGCCGGUCUCCCAUGUGUGAAUACAUGAUCAACUUUAUCCAUAAGCUAAAACAUCUGCCAGAGAAAUAUAUGAUGAACAGUGUGCUGGAGAACUUCACUAUCUUAUUGGUGGUGACGAAUAGGGACACCCAGGAGACGUUGCUAUGUAUGGCGUGUGUGUUUGAAGUUUCAAACAGUGAGCACGGCGCCCAGCAUCACAUCUACAGACUGGUAAAGGAAUGAUCGGCUCCAAGCCCUCCCACCUUCCCCUCUUCUUUUAAUAGACUUACCAACCUCAAAACAAGCGGCAGUGCCUCGACAAGAAAGUCAUACCUGCAAUGCUCUUUGGUCAAGAUGUCGGGUGAAGUCAGUUGUUAUAAAUCUGUUUUAAUAUAAGUGUUUGUUAUUUGACUGCAGCUGUGAAUUGCGGUACAGUUGUUUUUAUGUUUAAAUAUGGGAAUUCUCAUUUUAAAUACGUUGAGUUGGUCUCCGUUGGGUAUAAAUGUGGCCGUUCUUAAAGAAUUUACUAGAUUCAUUUGAUAAAUGGAAAUAUGUGUGCUGUCUUCUUCUGCUUUGUUAUGUAGACUUUAAAAAAAAAAAAAAGGAUGCAGGCCUUUUCUAUCAGUGGCCUGAUGUGGUCUGUGUAAUAUGUUUUGAGGGUGUUUUGUAUGUCUGUACUUCCUAAUUUGUGAGCGUACAUACUGUAGAUAUACAGACACACCACAGCCAAUAGAUUUUCCAAAGAAACAAAACUAAGGACACUACAUAUAUAUACAUAUAUAUAUAUAUACAUAUAUAUAUGUAUAUAUAUUAGCCGAAAGCAAAUUGUUGUGAAUAUUGCAGAACUGCUAUUUCUUAAAAAAAGAAAACUCAGCUUUCAGUAGUUUAUUUAUCCCAGUUUGAAGCACUCCAAGUCUUAGACACCAACAACAGAAUGAAUGCACUGUGAAAAUACUACAAAUGUUUUUUCCUGCAUCUGCUCCAUAAAUGUAGGAAGUCUUACCGCCUGCUAAGCAUUUCUGUACUGCAAACAAGUGACGAGAAUUUUUCGGUUUUAGACAGGUGAAAAUACUGCUAAAAUUACUCCAAUUGGACUCUCAUCUGGUCCAAAAGCACUUUGUUCCCCUUCCUGUGCUUGCCUUAGUGAUGCUUACUUUUGUUCUGUUAGAUCUGUGGUUUUAGAACGUUUGAAAUUAUUGUGACACUACAAAUCUCUUGGAGACGGCGUGCCUGUUCAGAAUGCUGUGGCUUUUCCCCCCUCUGAAAGACUCAGAAUAUCUUUCCCCUCUGGGAUCGUGGUGUAAUAACUCCAAGUCCGAGUGUUGCUGCCUUCAUGGUCACACUACGUUCACAUGUUUCUGUGCCCUGCACCAAUCCCGAGCCUUAAGCAUAUUGAAGCUGUAUGUCAAGUCCAAAAGAUGCCACUAAAACUGUGAUCUCUGUGUGGGAAGACUCUUUAUGUGUUUGCAUUGUGUAAAAACAAAAAAAAUCACAAUACAAUCUGCCAAAGUGUAAGUGUACAGUGCCUUAGAAUAUACUCUAACAUUACCCUUCGCUUUGUUUUAAGUCUAAAAUCAGUUUUGUGGAUGAAACAGGCAAAAAUACCUUACCCAUGUAUUAUUUGGUAUAUCUUCUCAUCUGAGAAAUUAUGUUUCCUAAAAUUGGUACACUCCAAGAAUUACAGUUUCUGUUGAUUGUUUUGACAGGCAGUACACUUAUGUUAAAUUAAGUUUGCAAAUUCAAGCUCGGGAACAGGUUAUUUUUUUUUUCUCCAGUGCUGUAAUAUGUUCCUAAAAUAUCAGCCUUUUUCUAAGAGUGUACUAUAAACACAGACUGACUGCCUUUCCUGUUGCAGAAGACCAAAAAAAAAUACAGAGAUACAGUCAAUCUUUUGUCAUGUCCUGCAUGGUAGCAAAAAAGAAGUGCCUUUGGUUUAAAAAUUCCAGUUUCAAAAAGAUCAAACAGAAAUUUAAAAUUAAAUGUUGCUAGACCAAAUAAAGCAAGACAUGAGUGAAACCAAUCACCACAUUGCCUUUCAAAGGACUGUAAUGACAGCAGGGGGAAAGAUAGUUACUGGUUAAAUAAAUAAAUGAUAUAUUCAUUUUUAUUACAUUGUAAAUUGAUUUAGCAAAUUAUGUAUUUGAAGAAAAACUAUUUCUUUGCUUGAGGUCAAAGACUUUACAAGACGGGGUCUGACAUCGUACAGCCGCUGACUGCAUACAGGAGGUCAACUCAAAAACACUGAAGCUGUCUGCUUCAUGCCGCACUUGCAGGUUCAAGUGUUUUUUUAAGAAAAAAUUUUUGGAAACAUUGUGAUUUCCUCUUUCCCGUGAAUACAUGUGAUCAAAACCGCAGAAAACAGACUUUAACAAUGUUACUUUUAAUAACGCAGACGCAGCUCUCAUGUUGACGAAGCAGGGACUGACACAAGCUUUUAUCAUUUAUUGAACAUUUGCAAAAGAAAGUUUAUUUAAUAGGAAUUCAUCAGUACAAACUCUAAAAUCAAUUUGUGUGGUUAAAUCUGGAAUUGCUUCCAAAACCUGUUUGAGAAACUAAAUUAAUUCUGUGAGCGUGGACGAGGGCAUCGAGGCUAAUACUUCCACUGUAAGGACCAUAAUUACUCAAAUAUUUACUGUUUCUUCAAAAAAAUUAUAAUCAUGUGAAGUAUUUUAAUCAAAGAAACUCUAAAUAAAUUGCAGACAAGGUCUCUGGUGGAUGCAGAUAAAGUUCAAUCAUUCAGUAUUUUGCCACAGUCCUGUGGACACUGUGGAGUUGUAAUAGGCUUUUUUCUUAUGUUUACCCUGUGUAUCUGUUCACGUUUAUUGAUUACAUAGUGAGAUGUUCCUGUUUUCUUAUCGUACCUGUAUUACUUGGUUGUGUGAUGACAUUGUCUGUAUAUUACAAGCCCAAUAAGAUGGUAAUGAUGUUACUGCUGCACUGCUGGUACAUUUAGACAUUUUAACACUAAAAAAAAACAGCAGGACUGACGCUUUUGAUGGCUCGAAUGUCUGGUGGACCAUUUGAAUAGAAAAUCAAACGGCUGAGUGGAGGAAUCAUGCUAUAAACAUAUCAGCAGUUUAGCUCUUGUUAUUUGUAAUUUUAUGAAGAGUAGGUACUGGUACCUUUCUGUUUAUGACCAUUUCAGAUGGUGGCUUUAAAGUGAUUCUUGACAUAGCUCCACAUAGCUGUCAUUCACACAUUUGGGUUUUGUGUGCAGAUUCUUUUUUUUUUUCUUUCUUUUUUUGUAAAAAGGUGCUUUGUAUAAAAUUAUAUCUUAGCUUUUCUUGGUACCGAUGUGUGAUAUCUUUUCAUAUCCAUGACAGUAAAGUGUUGGAGCAAAGGAGAGAAAAGAAGCUCUGCUAUGUUUCUGUGUUCUGCAUAUGGUCUUGUCUUUGCUCCGUAACAUUAUGAUGCCUUCUUGACAAUAGUAGAUAUUUUGUAGCUUUCUAGAUACUUUGUAUGUAUGCAAUAUUGAAGUUAAAUAAAUCGGGAAAAUAUUGCCUC